CCUCUGCCCAGUCCCGCCUCGUGGCCCGGAAGUGCGCACGCACCGGCGAGAUGGUGGCGGCGGGCGUCCCGCUGGGGGUCCUGCUCCGCCUCUGCCGCGUGCUGUUGUUCCUCUCCCAGUUCUACAUCUUGUCGGGCGGGGGAUCCUUAAAUUUAGAGCAGUCGCAGCCGCUGGCUCAGUCAAUAAAGGAUCCGGGCCCAACACGUACUUUCACAGUAGUUCCCAGGGCAGCAGAAAGUACUGAUAUCCCACCUUAUGUGAUGAAGUGUCCAAGUAAUGGUUUGUGUAGCAGACUUCCUGCAGACUGUGUAGAAUGCAGGACAAAUUACUCCUGUGUCUAUGGGAAGCCUGUCACUUUUGACUGCACAGUCAAACCUUCUGUUACCUGUGUUGAUCAAGACUUCAAAUCCCAAAAGAACUUCGUCAUCAACAUGACUUGCAGGUUUUGCUGGCAGCUUCCAGAAACCGAUUAUGAGUGUUCCAACUCCACCAGCUGCAUGACCGUGUCCUGUCCUCGGCAACGCUACACUGCCAACUGCACGGUGCGGGACCACAUUCACUGCUUGGGUAACCGUACUUUUCCAAAAAUGCUAUACUGCAACUGGACUGGAGGUUAUAAGUGGUCUACUGCUCUGGCUCUGAGCAUCACCCUCGGGGGGUUUGGCGCUGACCGUUUCUACCUGGGUCAGUGGCGGGAAGGCCUUGGCAAGCUCUUCAGCUUCGGCGGCCUGGGGAUAUGGACGCUGAUAGACGUCUUGCUGAUUGGCGUUGGCUACGUGGGACCAGCAGAUGGCUCCUUGUACAUUUAGCUGUGGCUCCGAGCUUCAGAGGAGCAGUGCUUCCCAGUCUCUUUGCCUGUAGGAGUUGAUGUGCUGUGAGUAAUGUAUUUGUAUGUUUUUAAUGUACAGCAUCUGUACUUUGCCUGCCUUGAUAAAGGUAAAAUAAUAAUAAAAAAAAAAAAAACACCGAACCAUGUUUAUCUGGAAUUUGUUUUUACUUGCCUGAAAUCUGUUUUUUUCUAUGAAAAAAUUUAAACUGACUUAAACUAGAACAAAUGCAGUGAUUGAGAAUCUACUGAAUAUCUAUGACUUUAAUUUCAGAUUGUUUAAGUCCAUACAUCCUUGGAUCUCCUUGAAAAGCGUUUUCAGCUGUGAUUGCAGAAAGUGGAACGUGUUUUUGUUCUUUAGCUAAUAAAGUUGUCUAACCUAAACUUCA